UUCGAGUUCUAGAGACGUACGUGCUUGUGCUUUAGCUUUCAGUCUCCGAGUAAAUUUGGUUGAGUUUGGACGUGCCCGUUUAGCUCAGCGUUCGAUCGUUCGCUCGUUGUAUAGUUUGGGUAUCUUUUUGCUAAGAACACAAUAAACUGACAAAUCAGUGAAGCAGUGUUUGAAGGGGUGUAACCAAUUUGUGGAAAAAUAUUGUGACAAACCUGUGCAACGGUGCAAUAUACAUAAAACGAAACACUACGGAAUCGCUGCUUGUAAUAACAAACUGAAAUUUGUUACAAAUUGUGACCACUGCCAUAAACGAGUGCAUAGUGUGCGCUGAUGAACGAGUGAAGAAAGCACCUAGAAAAUAGUUUGUACUUGGAACAUCCAUUUUUGUUCUCUCCCAUUAUCUAUCGCCAAGUUUCAUUUUGUCCAUCCCUUGUCCGCAGUCGCGGUAUGAAACCGAGUCGAGCUGCUUCCGUAGCUGUGUGUGCGUGUGUGUUCUAGUUUUCGGCAUUGACAGCUGCUACCUCUCGCUCUCUUCAUUUUCGCUGUUACUUCGAGCGAUUAGCUGCUUUUCGGUAUCGGAUCGCUGAGCCUGGCCGAGUGUGCGUGCGCUGCCUGCCAACAUGAAGUAGUAAACAAUCGAGAACUGUCAAAAGUGUGCGGAAAAUCGCGUUUUGUGCAGAUGAUUCCUGAUUUUUCAGUUUCUUCAAUUGCAAUCGAGUCAAGGUUUCGGGAUUGAUAAGGACGACGUAGAGUGGAGUUCUGCCGUUCGCUAAUCUCAGCACGAUUGGCAGAUGUUUGUUGAUUUAGUACACUGGAGCAAAUUUUAACCAAAUCUACAGACAAGCAGGAAGCCAAUGUGUUCAAUACAGAAAGCUGAUUUAGUUUGUUUUUAUGAUUGUACCUGCCAGCAGUAGAAACGGAAGUCAACAAGCUUGAGUCCGACUGAAUUUGUUUUCCAUCGGGCAAGCUGAAAACGAAGUCACAAGUGAACAAAGCAAGGAAAAUCCCAGGAAGCGUAAAAGUGUGAUGAAAAUAACUACCAGUGUCAGUGUUUUGUGUUUGUUUUGAAAACGCCUCGCGUUAUUUAUUGUGCGACUAGCGCUUGCCUAGUAAAUAAAGGUGAAUCCAUUGUUUGCAUUCGAGCCGACGCUGUCCCAUGCGCCACGGCAAGGUUAUAUCAGGUUAAAAGUUUCCAUGAAAAGCUCUGUGUGAAGUUGCAAGUGUUUUCAUAAUUCAAAGUUUUAUCAAAUUUAAGAUCCGAACAAUUCGCGUGAAGAUUUUCGGAUCUGAAGGAGUGUUUUAUGUCCGACUAGCUUCACGACACGGUUAGCUCACCUGUUCUGCGCUCUUGAAUGGCGGCGGUCGGCGGCCCGACCAGGCAAUCUCGCGGGGUCUCCAUGAGUGUCUCGAUGUCGUUAGUACAGGGUGGUGCAGCCGGUGCGGCUGGGCCACAAGGAGCUAUCCUAGCGGCAGCCGCACCUUAUUACCAACCGCCAGCUGUUCCCCAAGAUGUCCAGCCAGAUCGUCCGAUAGGAUACGGAGCGUUCGGAGUUGUAUGGGCUGUCACAGAUCCUCGUGACGGACGGCGAGUCGCACUGAAGAAACUGCCAAACGUGUUCCAGUCGUUGGUGUCAUCGAAACGUGUAUUCCGAGAGCUAAAAAUGCUCUGCUUCUUCAAGCACGAGAACGUCCUAUCAGCACUCGACAUCCUGCAGCCACCCCAUCUGGACUUUUUCCAAGAAAUCUACGUCAUCACAGAACUGCUUCAGUCGGAUCUGCACAAAAUCAUCGUUUCACCUCAACACCUCUCGGCGGACCAUAUCAAAGUGUUCCUGUAUCAAAUAUUGCGCGGUCUCAAAUAUCUCCACUCGGCGCGCAUUCUUCAUCGGGAUAUUAAACCUGGAAACUUACUUGUCAACAGCAAUUGUGUGUUGAAGAUUUGCGACUUUGGGCUGGCUCGUGUUGAAGAGCCUGAUCAGUCGAAACACAUGACCCAGGAAGUAGUAACACAGUAUUAUCGCGCACCGGAAAUCCUCAUGGGUGCGCGACACUAUUCAGCAGCAGUCGAUGUCUGGUCGGUUGGUUGCAUAUUCGGUGAAUUAUUGGGCAGACGAAUUCUUUUCCAAGCGCAAAGUCCGGUACAACAGCUCGAACUCAUCACAGAACUGCUUGGUACUCCUUCGUUAGAAGACAUGCGACACGCAUGCGACGGUGCCAGAAGUCACAUGCUGCGAAGAGCUCCGAAACCGCCAUCCCACUCCGCACUGUACACUCUCAGCACACAUGCCACCCAUGAAGCAGUACAUUUGCUCUGUCAAAUGUUGGUCUUUGAUCCGGACAAAAGAAUAUCAGUUAUCGAUGCAUUGGCACAUCCUUACGUUGACGAAGGUCGUCUUCGUUACCAUUCCUGCAUGUGCAAGUGCUGCUACACUCCAUCAGCCGGUAUGCGUCAGUAUGCUGCUGAAUUCGAGCCCUCGGCUGCUCAGCCAUUCGAUGAUCUCUGGGAACGAAAGUUAACCUCAGUACAACAAGUAAAAGAGGAAAUGCACAAAUUCAUAGCUGAACAGUUGCAAACAGGUCGCGUGCCACUAUGUAUUAAUCCUCAAAGUGCCGCCUUCAAAAGUUUCGCCAGCUCGACUGUGGCCCAUCCAUCAGAACUGCCGCCUUCGCCGCAUCAGUGGGAAUGACACAAUGAAGCUAUGGCAGCCUGAAAUUUGUAAACUUGUUGCAACAAAAUAGUUGCGAACCUGACUCAACGCCAAUCGGAAAGGAUGAAGAAAAUUUAUUUUUGAAAAAAAAAAACAACACAUUUGCAAAUCAAUUCAAUUCGGAGUUACAAAAACGCUGUAAACUUGAUAAGCUCGGAAGGACUACUGCUGCUGCCAGCCGGAGCAAACUGAAUCACUGUCCGCAAAAAAGCUACUAUUGUCAACACUAGAGAAUGCUAAAAAAUGGAAAACGGAACAAACGGGCGAAGGACAAAUCUUAACCAAAACGGAGAACUACAAGUUUAAUUUAGACGACUAACGGCGGUUCAUCCGACUAACGGACGAACCCUGGACCGCUGGAGAAAGAUACUAGUCGAUGCGUGUGAAUGCAGUGGUGUAGUGCAUUCUAUUGAAAGGAAGCAGCAUGGCAGUAAAAGGAGAACUACCUUUACAGUAGGUAGAACACACCAAGGAAUGCUGCGCUGCUCUUCGUGCAGCAACCGAGUAUGUGCGAAUAAUGUACAAGUUGACUAGCUGUAAGAGGAAGUGAUUUAUCAUGCCGAGCAAAACAUGAAAACGCUGUUGGGUGGAGAGAGGCCGUAAUUCCAAUCUGAGCAAGUGUGCAACAAACGGCAUUACUCGAGUAGAUAUUUUGUUCGUAGAUUAAAACGCUGUAUAUUUGCCUCAUUUGUAGCGGUCAGGGUAGGCAGUAGAAAAAAAUGUGUGAGCAGAACAAACAGCCAAAGGUAGCCUAUUUCGGUGCAUGCAGGCUGACUUAAUUUAUUGUGCCGUAACUAACGCAAAACUCAGCAAUUGAUAAACGACGGACGAGCAGAAGACAAUGUUCUGAAAAUAAUACUGAAAUUAUGUUUCGCUUAAGGUAAAGAAAACCAAACUAAAACUAUUCUGUGCGCUCGGCAUACUUAUCUGCCAACGAUUGUGCGUGUGACUGUGUGAUUUUCUUCAAUCAUGUUUGAAAAUUUAUGUUCGUAGUAAAGGGAAAUAACAAUAAAUGUUUGAAUCAGUUGUCUGGCUCCUGGCGAGUGUUUCGAUUAUGCUACACACUGUAUAAAGAUGGUUGAAUUUGGUCAAUACCUGUACAACACAGCUAUGUGGGAAAUCCCGAUCAAAUCACCACUCGUCUCCUUCGUUGCUAGUAAUGGAGAAGCAUGAUGAUGUAUCAACAAAUAGAUUAUAGAUAGUACUAUUACUAGUAUUUCUUCAUAUGGAUAGAAAACACAUUAAACCACCUCAGUAUACGAGUGUGUGUUGCUAGAAUUUAUAAAUUGUUUUAGACUCUCGCCUCCACCUUUUUCAUGUUAUUACAAAACAGUCUUCUGAAAAAUCUAAAUACUUUUCGCUUAUUUAGCGAUAUCGAUGCCGAAGAAUUUGUCCUAAAAAAUAUCUGCUAUCGCAACGAGAUAGCAACGUUUGUUGUCAUGUUGGAAGUGUUAAUUUAAUAUGCAUUCUUUUGCACUUGUUUUGCGUUUGUUUUUCCAAACCUUUAGUAUUUCAAUUUAACGCCCUUACAUUCAAGUAAAGUAAAGUUAUGUUUUUGCUGACAUUUUGUCUGAGAGGCUCCUUUCGACGCUUCUCUUCGAAUCAACCAAGAAUCAUUCCCAAAAUUCACCACGUCUGAAUUCAGUGUUCAUAAAAGCUGAAAAAUAAACACUCCAAGCUUGAGUAAAUACAGCAUGCUGCACAUCCACCGUUCAACAGAGGGAACAGAAAAAACAGAUUUCAUUCGAGACACUCUAGCCAAAACCAGCAAAUGAUAAUUUAACUCAAGUAAAAAAGAAAAAAACAAAUGGAACUGAUUUACGUCCCAAGCUGUGAAGGAUGAUAACAAUAGAAAACUGUAAAUAGUAUCUUUUCGUCACCACGUAGGGUUAGUUUUUCCACACAAGCGCAACUGACAGUGUAAGCCACUGCAAGGCAGAAGCAAACGUUUUUUUUAUGUAAAUACAUAAUUAGGUACUGACUUCAUGUUAGUUCGCCCAUAACACCUUUAUUUUAUGUUUUGCAUUACUUCCCUCGUCCUAGUGUCUACAAUAUGAUUUAAAACUGGUUCACUCUGGCCCUUCGAACGUAACUCUUGAACCAACAAACUGCCCACAGAACUCAAUGUCGGUUCCAUGUGACGAACGCGUCAUGAUAGCCACGCGUGAACUGCGUUGAUGUUACGUAAAAGUAUCUAGUUUAGCACUAUAUUUUUUCUCUAGUACACUAAGGUAAUAGCACUAGAAAUGCAAACUAAGAGAUGAAGAAGAAGCAAGUAAAUGCUACAGCUUCUAUAUAAACGACUGUGACGAACGACUAGAUGAAAUGCAGCCAAACAGAAAAAAAAAUGAUAAAUAAAAUCUUUCACGGAGAUCUCAUUAUUUUUGUCAUACAGUAGAGUUAAUUUUUCCCUAUCCUGCAAUCACGUUUGCCUCCUUCCGAUGAUAGAGUAAAGUUGGCACAAAUAUUCGGAUGGAGUGGCAAACUCUCCGAACGCAUGCCGGAGGUAAAUGGAUAGAAAAACGAAUGAUGAAUGAAUUAUAUAUAAUUAAGUUCAGUUCGACGCGUUUAGCGGUAAUGCUGGGUUUUCCUUCCCGCUGAUGUUUGCUCGUUCAUUUUCCGCUUGCGGAACUGACCAAUGGCAAGCGGAAAUGGCAGAAAGCAUGGAAAGAAGAGACGACAGAAGGGAUUCCGGCUAGUUUAACUUAGAGGUAUAGAUUGAGGAACGUGUGCUAAGGAUAAGUAGAAAGGUUGUACAUAGCAAGGACAAGCAGUUUUGAUGAUUGCAGCUUUAGCGAAAACAGUUCGUUCUGAAUGGUUCUUAGCAGAAACGUGUAGCGCAAGUGUGGUGCUGGUAGAACUGAACCAUUCUAGGACUGGUUCAGCCGAAUAAAGAUACUAUAACUGGUGUGAUUCAAACAGCUAAGUAACAGUUGUGUAAUGCAAAUAGAAAUAGAUUAAUUCCUAAGCCAAGUGUGGAAUUUUAAGCAAACACGAGCAAGAAAAUAAUCAUAUAAAGGAAAAAAGCUUUACCACGCGGAACGCGAAAAGGGGUGUUGGCUGCGUGCUGGCGCUUUUUAGCCAAGACACGAACACGCAAGCCAAAGCGCCUAGCAGCGCGAACAGUUUUAAAGUCUCCUUCGCGCACAGAAAAAAAAAAAUAAAACAAGACUUGAUUUAGACUCGUUCUAUGUAGCGUAUAAUUUUUCGUUAGUUUCCAAUGAGACUUCAUAGGUUUAGUUCGUAUCAGUGUAAGAUACCAGCAGCUCAUUUUAUUUUGAGUUUUGCAUAAUUAGUAAUAGUAGAAACAAAGCAACAAACCAUCACGGGCACGGUGUAACGAAUUUCGCCGGUUUUGAACUGUAACUCAAGAGACAAGCGAGCGAGCUCCCACAUUCAACAAAUAAAAACGAAAAUGAGUUGAGCGAACCACCAAUAACAUAACUUCGUCAACGUAGAAGUAAAAAAAACUAAACGUAAAAAAUCUGUAUAAUUAGAAAAACUGUAAAAAAAAUUGUAAAAAAAUAGAAAAUCAAAAUGCACUUAAACCAAGAUAGAACACUUGCUUGUUUUCUUUAUUUUCGCUUCUCCUCUAUUUUGCCUGUCGUUGUUUCAUUUGCUUAGCCCCAAUUUUUCGGAUUCGGUUUUUCUUCUUUGCAACAAAAUUUGAGUUUUUCUGUUCAAUAUCUUAGCUUGGUUCGAAGCGCCCUCCGUAUGUUACUGAUUCCUAUUUGGUUGAUUAUUUUUGAUUUAUACCGCUAGAUGGCAUGCUCUGAACGACCCGAUUAAAUGGAUAAAAUAUUGUUUUAAUUCUAGUUGAUCUGUUCUUUUUUAUGCAGUCCGUCAUAAUCACAAAUCGUCUGUUCUGAAUCUAUCUGAGAUACAUUUUUGAUGAUAUUAAUGGUUCUGGGGUUUGCAAAACUGUCUCACUCGCCUCCUAGGCUCGAGGUCAUGAUGUCAAUCGGAAUCUUUAUUAGAGUCCUGGGGGAAAUAUCCCCUACAUGCAGGGGGAAUGAAUGCAUCGUAAAUGAUCGUGACUGCAAAUCAGUCAAGCUAAAUUGUUGUAUUCGAUGACUUAAAUACCAUUGUAAUAAGUAAAAUCCAUCCAGCAAGAACUUGGAUGAAAAGCUAAACAGAAAAUGGUAGCCUACCGGGAAUAAUCUCACUAGACAUCCAGUAAUAUGAACAGCUUCUCAGUUUAUGUUUUUUUAUGUGGCCACAAAUGGUUUUUCAAUGUUGUAACAUUUUUACUUGCCAUUGAUAGUUUCUUCUUCCACACAUAUUGCCCUCUACUUGUUUUGUGUUACCUUUUUUUUAAUUUCAUGUUUUCUCAACUAUUAUCACUAUGGAACCGCAUUCAGUAAUAUAAACUAUAAUCACAAUGGAACACCAGCUUCAGUAAUAUAAACACAAAAGAAAUUACUUUUCAAACUAAUUUCAUUUUUUUUUUUUAAUUCAAGUUUCGAAAAACAGAAAUUAUAAAAUUCUUAAAGUAAACAAGGACUGCAAAAUGUGACAUUGAACUAAAAAAAAACUCUUUCAGACGGGAUUCGAACCUGCAAUCUCCCUGUCACACGCAUGGUGAGAUUGUAGGUUCGAAUCCCGUCUGGGUCAGGUAUAUUUUUCUAAGUCUAAUGUCACAUUUUUCAGUUUUCGUUGCUUUUAGGAUUUCAUUUUUACAUACACUGCUCGUAUAGCAAAACAAUACAUUGUGAGCCGCAUUUUGGUUAGCGAAACUGAUCAUCCACCUAACAUAAUUGGAUGGCAUGUUUUAAUUUAAUUACAAUUAUAAUUUUUAAAUGAAAGUAAAUAGUUGGUUUGCUUCAAUAAUUGUCAUUUACCAUUUUCGUAUCGAAUGAUAACAUGCAUAGAGCCGUCAAGAGCUCUCGUAUGUAAAGUAAAUGAUUUAACAAAACAAAAUAUAUCAACACUUAUUUUGUAUUAAAGCAAUUCUCAAAAAAAUGUCCCGAUUUAAAUAUUUUUCUUCUAUUUUUGAUUUAGCUGGAACUUUUAACAAAUUUUGGGUUAAUGCGUCAUUUUUUGCUAUUGGUGUUUUUUUUUUUUAAUCACGACUCAUUUCUGAGAAGGGCUGAUAUAAUAAGGUAUUGAUGAUUACAAAUCCUUUUAGAGCCAGAAAGGUUUGUUUGAUCUGUGUGACGUAUUCGGUAAAGUUGUAGAUAACAAUUUUGUCUUUGCAAAAAAAAUGCCCUACAAAAAUUUUAAGAAACAAAGUCAAAAAAUAUAAAAAUUAUUAUUUUGAAAAAAGCUAAUUUUUUUUUAAAUAUUUUUUUUUAUGAAAACUACAUCUUUUUUAUAAAAACUGAAUAUUGAUGGUUGUUCGAUCAUUGAGAAAUGAGAAAAAAGUUCAAAUUUUCAACAAACCUUUUUUGCCUUUCUCCUAGAAAGGUAUAGCAAUCACUUGCAAAACCGAAGAUAUAAAAGUGCUCCAAAGGGCCGAAUGGCAUAUAUCACUCGACUCAGCUCGACGAGCUGAGCAUUUUCUGUAUGUGUGUGUAUGUUUUUGUAUGUAUGUGCAGAUUUUUCUUCUCACUUCAUUCUCACCGAUUUUCAUGAAAUUAAUUGCAAAUGAAAGGUCUCGUUGUCCCAUUAGACCCUAUUAAAUUUCAUUGUAAUCGGAUUUUUAGUUAAGUGGUUAUGUAUCAAAAUGUUAAAAUCAUGAAACAUCAUUAUCUCAAAAACUACACAACCGAUUUGAACAAAAUUGAUUUCAAAUGAACGGGCUACCUGAAAUUCCCCUAACUUUCGAAUUUCAUAAAGAUUGAACUGGUUGUUCAAAAGUUAUGACAAGAAACGUGUUUUAAAGACUACUUAAUCUCACUCAUGUUUCUCAGAGAUGGCUGAGCCGAUUUUCAUAAAAUCAGUGUCAAAUGGAAGGUCUAGUUACCCCAUAAGACCCUAUUGAUUUGUUUUCCAAUCAAACUAUUACUUUGCCUGUUAUGUUUAAAAAUGUAAAAUCCAGCUAUGAAAAGGAACAGAUUCCGAAGACUACUUGAACUCACUCACUUUUCUCAGAGAUGGCUGACCCGAUUUCCACAAAAUUAGUGUCAACUAACAAGUCUAGCUGCCUCGUAACACCCUAUUGAAUUUUACUGUAAUCGGACUGUAACUUCGUCUGUAAAGUAACAAAAUGUGAAAAUCACGAAACUUCAUUAUCUCAGUAACUAAACAACCGAUUUGAUCAAUAUUAUUAUGAGAUGAGCGGGCUAGUUAAGGGUUGACUAAUGCAUUAUGAUUGAACACGUGAUUUCAAAGUUUGGCUGCCCUGUACGUUCUCUUUUCAUUUGAUUAUAAUCGAACUUAAGCAACCGUUAUGUAUUGAAUUGUUAAUAAAACAACGAAAGUCUAUUAUCUCAAAGGUUACAUGACUCAUUUGAACAUAACUUGUGCCAUACGAACGAGUCAUCUCUCAAACUUACAAAUAACAAACUUCAUAACAAUUUGAUAUGUGGUUCAAAAGUUAUGGAAAAAAAAGAAAUUCAAAAACUAUUUAAAACUAUACCUGCUUUGAUCGAUAUAUGUGGCAUCAACAUAAAUUAAAUGUGGUAUUGUACUAUUUGAACGUUUCAAAUUCAUUGAUUCCUUGCGAUGUGUUUAAAAUCUGCAAAUGCACGACGAAACGGCCAUAGGAUAUGAUCAAAGUCAAAUAACAAAAGGUUUGAAAUGAUUGGUUUUAUCGAAAUGACAACAUCCUCGACUUUUGGCUUCUGCACAUCACCUUAAUUCUGAAUAUAUUCAUAUUGGGUGGUAUUCGGUCAUUUUCAGCAGAUUUUCUGGCAUCAAUCUGAUACCGAAAUACCCAUAUUGGGAGGUACUUAGUUAUUUUGGUUUGUGGCUCCAGUCGAUUUCGAUUUGUGGCUCCAGUGCAUCAUUACGACUCCGGAAAUACCCAUAUUGGGUGGUAUUUGGUCGUUUGCCGCUGUUUUUCCGAAACCGGAAGUCGCCAUCUUAGAAUUCAAAAUGGUAUCUGUGGUCGAAUUUAGCUCCUGUGUAUCAUUCUUUAUCCGAAUAUUAUUAUAUUGGGUGAAAAUCGGCCAUUUUUGGCUUUUUUCCAGAAACCGGAAGUUGCCAUUUUACAACAUCCACAUGCCAAAUCCGGUUUCACUUGCUUUGUUUGUUCUUGAAUUGUGCAGAAAUUUAUGUUUCAUUUGUAUUGGACCCCUACUUUCCAGAAGAGGGAGGGGUCUCAAACUAUCAUAGGAACCUUUAUCGGGACCAAAAACCCCUACAUACAAAUUUUCACGUCGAUCGGUUCGGUAGUUUUCGAGCAGACAGGCUGACAGACAGACCGAACUACAUUUUUAUAUGUGUAGAUUACAACAUAGAACCUAAAGAGUGAAUAUACAUUUACUGGAUUGAAGCGUUCAUGUAAAUUUAUUUUUACAAAUAAAAGUUUGAAUGAGAAAAGCUGGGUCUGACCGCUAGGUGGAAUAAUUUAGGCUUUUAACUGUACAAAAAUCCUUUGUUGGAUUUACACUCUUAAAACUUACUACCGAGUGUCGGUAAUUUAUUUCCGAGAACGACACCACUGAGAGCUCGGUUAUAAAAAAAUGACAGUUGUUGCAUUUUUCCGUGUGAUGUCGUCAACAAAGUUACAGAAAGUACUUUUACUAGCGUCUAAACGGUGUGUUUGAUUGGUAUAGUAUUUUUGGUAGAGUUAUAGUAAUUUUAUCCUUGCAAAAAGUAUACAAUGUAAAGUAUACAAUGUAAAAGUUUGAACUUUUUUAGAAAAUUAUAACUCAUUUGUUUUUUUUUUCACAAGUUUGAACAAGCAUGCAAUGUUUAGCUGAAAUAAAUAAUGCAAAGCCUUUGUGGUGGUGGUCUACAUUCCGAUUCGGAACUUGACAUUCUGUUUAUUAUACACAGACUUCGCUGCAGCCUGUUCAAUGGAGAUAACCAUAUAUCAUUUCAUUCAAGGUGGAAAUUAUUUUGCGUGUCAUGGUUUAAUACCAGCAAAAUUUUAGUCAGCAAUGUAAGAUUUUCACCGAAAUAGUGUGUUGAUUUUUCAGCGUGAAGUUAUAAUUCAUACAAACAAGUUUAGUGAGAGAAAAAAUUAGGUCAAAUCUCUGACUACCAAAGAUUUUCCAGGACAUCCAAAGCCAUCAGUUCAGAAAUUCAAGUCCUGCCUGAUGAAAUCAGAUGGUAAUUGUAGCUCGUCAUUCUCAAGCAACAGCCAUCCGUCACGACUAGAGCUAAAAGAAAAAAUAUCACAAGCCCUAGUGUUUACACACUAAAUACUAAAUUUAAUUCAGUCAAUAAGUCGCCUGUUUUCAAAAUCAAAGCUUAAUCUUGCUCGCAUCACCCAUAUUUAUUAGAUAAGAAUAGAGAAGCGAUCCGUCUACAAAAAAAAAGAAUUUUGGAUUAAAUGAGCUCUAGGUUUCGAAAAUUUUAUUUCGAAAACAAGGUGACAAGAACCAGCAAGAUAAAGCUUGAAAACAUGAUAGUAUUGAAUAACAAUAACAGGCCUUGUUUUUCACUAACUGAUUACUUCCUUCAAUUUACCAUUUGGUAAGUUUUUUUUUAACUUCUGCAAAACACGAUAAUUUCAAGCAUAGUGCGUGGAGAAUGUUGCAAUGAAAGGUUGAAACUAUGUUGAAAUAACACCCAACAGGGAAUCAAUUUUAAAAAAAUAUCGUUUUUAGCAAUCAUCUAUAAAUGUCAUAGAAAUAUAUUUCAGAAAAUGCUACCUUACCUUGCUAAUUAUUAUCAAUGAAGAAGGCAAUUCCGGACUAAUCCAUUCCAAUCAAAGAUAUUUUUUUAGCUAGAGAAAAGAAUAAGUCGUUAGUACAGGUAGUCGUUAGUACACGACGCUUCGUUUUCAUCUGUCAAAACAAAAAUAUUCUCACCAUACUUUCUUUUCAAUCAAACUGUUUUUCAACACACCAUGAUCUUAAGUUUAUGCAAAAUUUCUGCUUUUCACAUACUAACGAUUAAGCACGUUGUCCUUUCGAUUGAAUAAUAUAGUCUGUCACUAUUGUGAAGAAUUUGAUUGAAAAAAAAAGCAAAGAUUACUAGAUGCUACAACAGCCGAAUAAACGACUGAAAAUUCCAACAAUUAACACAGUAGAUACCCCCAACAUAUAUAAGCACAAAACUUAAAAUUAGUCCUAUAUUCGAUGUGUCCAAUUCCAUUUCUCUGGCAACACAGUCUAACAAAAAUCAACCAACCAAAUGUUGUACUCGUUCAGAAAAAUGCUGGUCAUUUCUCGAACAGUACACUCAGAACCAACAACAAUGCAAUGGAUGUUCAUAAAUAUAAUAAUUAGACAAACUAACAAAUAUCUAUUGUGAAAUUGAUAACAUUUGAACACAUGCAAUAUGCCAAAAUAAAAACAAGAUGAACAUGUGGAAAACAGUGGGCGAUUGACUCUGAGAGAAAAAAAAAGUUUAAAACAAUAUGACUGAUUUUUUUCAAAUAUUAAACAUAAAUAACGAACGGUGUUGCAAUCGAUUGAAUUUGCAAACACAGCAAUAUACACAAGAAUCGAAUUCAGAACACAUUUUCAUGCCGAGCAGGGGAGAAAAAAAAGAAUAAGACAAAAACCACUCUUAAGUUUGUAAAUACGAGGAGCAAGAAGGUACGUUCCAUAUUUCGCAAAUCAAUACCAGAAACAUGCAUUUAGAAUUAGUAAGUAACUGUGGCAGAAACAAAACAUUGCAACCAUCAUACAAUAAUUAUUUGUAAGUUUGAACGGUAUAAUGAAUUGGAAGACGCGAAGACAAACACGUACAAUAUAUUUUGUAAUAUAACCCAAAUUAGCACGUUGUUUACUAGACAGUCGACGAUUGCAUAGGUCGACGUUUGUUCCAAAAUGAAAAAAAACUGGAUAAAUUAGCAGUGAUUGGAGCAAAAAAAACAUGAAUAUCCCCUCAAAAUAUGCGUUAUUUGAUUGAGAGAACAAAAUCAAUUUUUGACUAUGAAUAUAAAACCUAUACAAGUUUCACAGUACUACAGCUUUUGAAUGUGAUAACCUGAACCAUGGGUAAAGUAAUUAGAAACAAGCUAACUGUAACAAUUCAAGUAACGCUUCGUCUAACUAACGUACACUGUAUCGGGUAGUGUGCUAAAGCUAUAGCGCAUGGCAUAUUUGGAACAUAAAAAAAUAUCUUCUCCCGCGAGUAAACAUAGAUUGUCUGAGGUUAAGGUUGGUUUUAGGGUCUGUUUAUUUUUUCCAAUCACAAUGAUUACAUCUUCUCACCAAUCGCCAACACACUGUGUGGGAAAACGUUACACAGUUGUUAAUAGUAAAAUGAAAUCCUCUGAACGCACGGUUUCAAAAAUCAGCCAAAAAAACUAAUAAACACAGCAAAAAAUCGCAAACGAAAUAAUUCAUCACGUUUAGCUAAUUCGCACAAACACGCAACUACAGGAAGCACCAAAUACCGAAGCACAACCGCAAUCGAAACCAGAGAACCAAAUAAGCAGCGAUUUUCGAAAAACCAUUUCAGUUGUAUAUAUCAAUAUUGGAAUUUGACUACUUUCUUCGGUGUUCAGUUGACGGGUUAAAUUUGAAAUUAAACAAAAACAAAUGCUGGUGGAUGUGUUAGUGCAAAAUGACCAAACACGCACCAAGCGAUUAAUCAAAUAAAUAAUACUAUGUAAAUAGCAGCACCAAGAUAAGCCUUUGACAAUAUAUAAGCAUGUUUGAAAUAAAAAAUGUUAUUGAAACAGUAGAAACAGAGAAAUUUAUGAUAUUUGGGAACCACUCGUGCAGAACAUAUUAAACCAGUCACAACAGUUUUGAUGGAGCCCAAAGCUCAGAUACAGCGGCUUUUGGCGUAACCAAACUCAACCUGCAAACAAAAGUUACAUUGAUAUUUCGGAUAUUGUGAAAAUUAAUAACGAAACAAGUUAGAAAAUUCGCAAACGUAGAAGCACAAAAGCAAACAAACCAAAAAAAAAAAACAAAAAAUCUGUUAUGUAUUGUGAACAAGAAGGCAAAUGCACCCGUAGUAUUUGUAAUUGAACACGAAUUCAGGAAGUAUUGUAAUGAUUUAGAGGGUAACUAAAAAUGGUAUUGCAUAUAAUAUAACCAGUUACAUCAGUUGUAAAUAAAUGUACAUUUGUAGUGAUUGUGGAGAAAAUGGCAGCAUAAAUAAAAGUCAUUGUAUAAAUUGUA